AUGAACUGGGGCUUACUUGGAGACGAAGCACCGGAAUCUCAUAAGCUGAGCGCCCGUCGCAACUCAGAGACAACGCAAGUUGCUGCGCCAUCUGUUAUGAUCUCUUCUUGCAUCCUGAUGUAA